AUGGCAGCGGCUCACAGUUCCCAAGUUGACCCUGAGAAGGCGAAGAUAGACUUGGGCCAUAGCAACGAUGCUCAACACCCCGAUGUCGCCAGAGGGGACGGCGAGGAUAUCCUCGCGCUGCAAGAUCUUGAUGCCGCAUUGAAUAUGAAAAUGCACCUGGUCAACAACGUAAGCCUACUAAGCCUGGGUCGUGAAUUUGAGCUAACUUGCCAGGCCAUCGAUGAGAUUGGUUGGACACCUUAUCAUUGGAAGUUGUUUGUCCUGAAUGGUUUUGGCUAUGCUGUGGACUCCUUGGUGCUCCUGUUGCAAUCGGUUAUCGCAACUCCGGCCUUCACGGAAUUCGGCCAAGUCGGUUACUCGGCCGGCCUUACGAUCUCGGUGUACGUCGGCAUGCUCACAGGUGCCAUUUUCUGGGGUUUGAGCGCCGAUAUCAUUGGAAGACGAUGGGCAUUCAACAUUUCGCUCUUCAUUUGCUCCGGCUCUGCCAUUGUAGCUGGCGCUGCGCCAAGUUGGCCGUCAUUGGGAUUCUUCAUUGCAAUGGUCGGAUUCGGCGGUGGCGGAAACCUGAUCUUGGACACGACGGUGUUUCUGGAAUACCUACCAUCGAACAAGCAGUGGGUUCUCACAUUUUUAGCCUGUUGGUGGGGUCUAGGCCAAGCCAUAACCGGAUUCAUCGCCUGGGGGUUCUUGGUGCCCGAACAAUGGAACUGCACGUCAGCCGAAAACUGUCCUCGGGACUCAAACUGGGGCUGGAGGUACACUAUGUUUACUGCAGGCGCGCUUGUUCUCGUCAUGUCAAUCCUGCGGGUAACAAUCAUAAGGCUCAAGGAGACACCAAAGUACCUCCUGGGCACAGGCGACGACGCAGCGAUGGUGGAAUCGCUUCAAAGCAUUGCCCAGAAGUACGGUCGAUCAUGUUCAUUGACUGUUGAAAAGCUUGAGGCAUGUGGCACCGUCGAAUCCGCCCACAGCAAAAACCGGUUCUCUCUUCGCGAAGCAUACAUUCAUCUGAGCGGCCUAUUCACCACUAGGCAGAUAGCUAUUUCGACUAUACUUAUCUGGUUUUCUUGGACCUUGAUCGGUCUUGCGUAUCCACUUUUCUACGUUUUCCUGAGCUCUUACCUCAAAAGCCGGGGAGCGUACGAAGGGGUCAGUACGUAUGACACUUGGAGGAACUACGCUCUGACCAAUGUUUCCGGCAUCUUUGGUCCAAUGCUCGCAGGGUGGAUGUGUAACCUUAAGCUCCUGGGACGAAAAUACACCAUGGUCAUCGGGGCACUCGUCACCAUGGCUUUCUUCUUCGCAUACACAGCGGUGAACACCCCAGAACAGAACGUUGGCUUCUCCUGUGCUAUUGCCUUUUGUCUCAAUAUCUACUAUGGAACCCUAUACGCAUACACUCCGGAGGUCCUUCCCAGCGCCCACAGAGCUACAGGCAACGGUAUUGCGGUUGCAUGCAACCGCAUUAUGGGAAUCAUCUCCGCCGUUGUGGGCACGACUGCAGAUACAUCGACAUCGGCGCCCAUUUAUGUCUGUGCAGCCCUCUUCAUCGGAAUGGCAGUGGUCAGCGCGGCUUUUCCCUUUGAGCCUUAUGGGCGCCGAAGCAGUUAA